UGCGCGCAAUGCGUGAAACGGAACGCAGCCAUGGUUAGGUCACUCACGCACUACCGGCUUUUCUGUUUCAAAGAAGUGUAAACAUUGAAAACAUGAGUGAGGAAGACUAUUAUAAUGAGGACGAAGGUAAUGAAUCAAUAGGGAAUAACGUAUCAGAAGAACGUGAGAUAUAUAUUCGUACAUUCAUUCACUUCGUGUACCCCAAUACACAAUUAUAUAUAAAAAAAAGCAAAGGCUAUAGCAAGUGCCAAUAUAAAUCCCUCACUUGGGCAAGUGUAGGAGCAGCGAUGACUCCAAAAAUCACUGGUCUGCAAGCAGAAAAACUUUUCCAUCGUCUCCAUGAAAAGUUUGGAAAGGAAAGAAAAAAGAUCAUAAUGUCCAUGCCAAGAUCAGGAGCAGGGGCUGGCAUGCCUACCUACCAGUCUACUUGGAUCUUUUAUAAUGAUCUUCUGUUCCUUGCGGAUCAUAUUAUAGCCAGACAAACUUCAAAUUUUCAACCACCUGUUGUCCGACCUCAGUCCUCAGUUGUUCAAUCUCAGUUAUCUGCUGUUCAAGGCAAACAAUCACUUCACGUUCCAUUAGACAAACAAUCUCCACUUUCGCCUAUGUCGAACCCAGACUUCAAUUACUUAUGCUCAUCUCCUUCAUGCAGUUCGGACUCAGAUAAAACUAAUACAACUGGAACCAACAUAUCCUAUGAGACAGAAGGAAAGGAAUAUGCAAUUGAGGAAGCAUCAGAAAGUACCGCCUCAACAGCAAUUCUAAAAACCAUGACAGCCUCUAUUCAGCCGGCCAAAACAGUACCUCCAAAGGAUCCUAUCAAAAAGAGGAAGCGGGAUUCUGAGAAGACAAAUGACGUACUUUCUCAAUCAUCAAAAGAUGUUUCAUUUCUGGCUGCAUCUCUGGGUGCAGCCCUUGAAAGGUUUGGACCAUUACAGCCAGUGCAGCCAGCAUCCUGUCCUGGUCGCCCCAAUAUGUCAUCAGAUAUAGAAGCAAUGUUAGGUUUUGUAGCUGUUGCACUUAGCAGUGUACCUGAGGAAAAACGAGUGUCAUGUGUCAUGGAUAUGGUAGCAGUUGUGAAAGGAUACACUAAAAAACAUUCAGGGGACUAUGAAUCUGAAACUUCUUGUGAAACUCCUGUGUUGAUUACUAAAUGUAUGAACGUUGGUUCAAUGCAAAUGUGAUAGCCAAAUACUAAAUUUAAUUUUCUUUUGUUUAGUUAUUCCAUAUGUAAUAGUUAUUCCAUAGUAAUAUUUUAUUUUUGCUACAGGUACCAAAAUAUUUAUUUUUAUGUUCAUUGAAGAUUUUUGUUUAUUUUAAUUUGUUUAGCAAGAAGAAAACUGGUUUUUCCCUUAAUUUUAUUUUCUGUGAUAAAUAUCGAAGUAUGUUCUUUUACUUAUAUUAAUUGAGGAUUCAGUUUUAAGUUUAAAUAUAUUAAGGAGUGUAAACAUUUUUUAUUUUGUUGAAUGUAAAGAUGUAUAUUUAAUAUCUCAUUUUGCAACGCUGAGCAAUACUUUUGUUUAAUUAAAUUUUUCCUUUUAUGAAAAUACAUCGAUUGAGUGUAUAUUUAACGAUAUUUAAAUAGAUUAAACUAAAUUUAUCGAAUAAAAUAACGAGUAUAAAUUUUAUAUAAAGGAAAUAUAGAAACGAAGGAGUGAAAAAUGUUAUC